AACAACAUAGACGUAUACUUACAACCUCUUAUUAAAGAGUUAAAAGAGUUGUGGUAUGAUGGUGUUCAAACAUUAGAUAGGUUCAGGAAUGAAAUGUUUACAUUGUGAGCAGCAUUAAUGUGGACAAUUAGUGAUUUUCCAGGCCUUGGUAACUUAUCUGGGUGGAAUGUACACAGUAAAUAUGCUUGUCCUACAUGUAACUUCAGCACUGAUUCAUAUAGAUUAAAGCAUGGUGGAAAAUGGUGUUUUUUGGGGCAUCGCCGUUUCUUAGAAAGGGGUCAUAAGUUUAGGCUAAGUCGUGCAAAAUUUAAUGGAAAAGUUGAGUUGAGGGAUCCCCCAGCAGUACUAACAGGAUCAGAAAUAUUGGAACAACUUGAAGGAAUCAAUGUUUUAUUUGGGAAAGAACUACAGGAAAGUAAAGGUAAGAGGAUUCGACGAAAAGUUGUUGAAGAAGAUGAUGAAUCGGGGAUGUGGAGGAAGAAAAGCAUAUUUUUUGAUCUUCCUUAUUGGGAGUCUAACUUAUUGCGCCAUAAUCUAGAUGUUAUGCACAUUAAAAAGAAUGUUUGCGACAAUGUAUUAUACACUUUGCUCAAUGAGACUGGAAGGUCAAAGGAUAAUCUCAAAGCUCGUAAGGAUCUUAAAGAAAUGGGUAUAAGAAAAUAUUUAUGGCCAGAUGAAAAUGGGAGAUAUCAUCCAUCUUUGUUCACAAUGUCAAAUUCCAUGAAAGAUAUAUUCUUGCAUACUAUAAAGAAUAUUAGAGUACCAGAUGGUCUCUCGAGUAAUAUUUCACGGUGUGUUGACCUGAAGCAAAGAAAGCUUUCUGGAUUGAAGAGCCAUGAUUGCCACGUUCUUAUGCAGCAACUAUUACCCAUUGCCAUACGUAAUGUGCUGCCAGAUAAAGUUACUGCAGUGCUAAUAGAGUUGUCUUCAUUUUUUCAACAGUUGUGCUCUAAAAGCUUAAGUCUUACAGAACUUGAGAAGCUCCAACCUCGAAUUAUCCUUACCCUUUGUCAUUUAGAAAUGUUGUUCCCUCCUUCUUUCUUUACAAUCAUGGUUCAUUUAACUUGUCAUCUAGUUGAUGAAGCAAAACUCGGAGGACCAGUACACUAUAGGUGGAUGUAUCCUAUUGAGAGGUAUUUAGGUCAUUUGAAGUCUUAUGUACGAAACAAAGCUAAAUCAGAAGGUUCUAUAGCUGAGGGAUACGUGGCUGAAGAAGCUCUUACAUUUUGCUCUCGAUACUUAGAAGGGAUUGAGACAAGAUUUAAUAGGCCACCACGUGUUGAUGAUUGUCCGGAUGAUAAUUACAGUACACAUGUGGAUUCCCUUUUUCCACAAAUGGGGAACUCAAAGGGAGCUUUCACAGUAUUUGAGUUGUUACCUAUGGAAAAAAAACAAGCACAUCGAUAUGUGGUUUUAAAUUGUCCAUAUGUCAAACUGUUCAUUGAGUAA